AUGUCAAUUUUGCAUAGAUGUUUUCUUCAAGGUUAUUGUCUUGAGAUUGGAUUUCAAGUCUAACCUAAUAUGAACCAAGCCAUAUCUCACUAUAUGCACGGUAUCAAGUUCUUUGCUGAUCCCUUAUGUGCACACCAAUUAGAGCAAUAUUAUAACAAAAAUAAGAAUAAGAUUUUAGCUUCCUUCUGCAAAUGCCUCUAUUACUUACUGAUUGAAUUGGUUUAUGAAAUCAAACAUUAACUCAAAAAGAUUGAAUGUGAAAAAUACAAUGAGGCUCUCUAGGAAUUAGCACCCACUCCUGAUAUUCCUUUAAAUUAAUUAAGCAACUUUCUUUAGGCUCUCUAUCUUUUCAGAGAGAAUGAGUCAUAACAACAUUAUGAUUCACUUUUGAUGAAUUAUGAAUAAAUGGGUGCCAAAAUACAUGCCUAUCCCCUUCUAAUCAAACAAUUCACUUAAUAAACAAAAAAUCCUGACAAAUGUCCUGAUACUAUUUAUAAGUAAAGCUAACUGGUAAAUCCCGAUCCCUACUUAAAUCAGUGUUUAUAUAAUAUUUCCCUUUAUGGGAUAAUUGAGAGUACACAUUUAAAUUCAAUUCGUCAAAUAGUUUUCGAAUUGAGUUUUCUUCAUAGGCCAAACCCUUAUGCUGAAGUGAUUGAACAAUUAUACACCAGAGGAACUCAAUAUAUGAUUCAUAGGAUAUUACUGUUUCAAAAACGAGCAAAGGCAUUAAAGAACCAAGAUUUGUAAGAGGAGGAGAUUAAAUUCGUGGACUCACAAAAUUCAUUGAUUAGCCUUUACAUAUUGGGUAAAAGACAAAAGGACAAGUCAAAGAAUUGUAUGUUGUGCAAGGCCAAGGAAUUACUAAAGAAUCCAUGGCCAGAGAGUCCUUUUAUCAUGUUUGUUUACAUGUUCUAUUAGGCUAAGUUGGAAUUGCAUCAUCAACACCAUGAUGGGUAUUAGAAAUUGCUUGAUUAAAACCUAUUUGAAGAAUGCAAGCAGUAUUAUGAUCGAAACAUUUUGCAUUUUAAGUAGGUUAGGACAUUGCAAUUUUAUUCAAUUCGAAGGAGGUUAGAUAAGCAAAGAGAUAAAGUAACAUUCAAGAACAAACAGAUUCAAGCAAUCUUUGAUUAGAAGAGAGUGUAGCAAUUAGAUCAAUCUCGAGGCAACUUUUAAUAAAUUCAAUUAAGUCAGAUUGAAUUGAGAAGAUCAAUUAUCAAUCAAUCUCCAGAGAGGAAGGUUCUAGAUACAAUCAAAUAAACUUAAAGUAUUUAUGUUAACAGUGGGAACAAGAGGGUAAAUUUUGAUAGAACAAUCCAAGGACCUCAAAUUUUACCAUAAUUAGAAGAGAAGCAAAUGCAGAAAUCGAGAUUCAUUGAUUUAGAGAAUAAGAUCAGAUAUUCCAAAUUAAAUUUGAUAUAAUCUGAAGAUAUCUCUGAAAUAUAAUUUAUUAGUAAAAGCAAUCGAGAUGGCUAAUUGAGUUUAGGGAAAUAUUAAGGACAAUUGAUAUCCAUAAAGACCUUGGCUUACAUGAAUUAUGAGCAGAUAAACUAAUACUUUAAGUAUCUGAAAAAGUUUUCUAAUUUGGAGCACUAAAAUCUACGAACUAUAAUUGGAUACAAUAUAGACGAUUUAUAGGAAUAAGAUGUAAGUGGACAGAUACGCAUCAUAACUUAUAAAUACGAUUAUAAUCUAAGAACCUUCUUGUAAAAGAACAAGAUUUCAACAAAAGAGAAGUGGCAUAUGGCAGUGUAAAUAAUAGAUGCCAUUUAUUAUCUGCAUUAACAUGAGGUGAUCUUUUGCAAUUUACAUCCGAAUAAUAUUCUAAUCGACGGAGGUACACAUGUGCCAGUGCUCAUUGAUUUCGAUCUCCAAUUUGACAAAGAAUACUUGGAUAUUAAAUACAUGGCCAAAUAAGUUAUUGAAGAAGAGAUGCCAUUAUUUACUGAAAAAACUGACAUUUAUUCGAUAGGAUGCAUCUUACUUUAUUUAUUUUUUGGUUGUGAAUUUCAAUUUCAACAAUCAAAUCAUUCCACAACUCUUACUUUAGAAGCAUUCCAAACUUUGAAUCCACAUUAAUCGACCCACGUUGAGUUUCUCAUACCUCCUGGAUCCGAGGCUCUAUAGGAGAGGGCGAGAGUCAUUACAUUGAAGUGUUUAAACGGUGAGAUCGAAUUAUUAGAUCUGCUUCAACAUUUUUAUGAUUAUGUUUGA